AUGCAGAGGGCAGGGUUGGUGGCGGUGGAGUCCCUUUUAUUUAGUGUGGCCCAGCGACACCUGCAGGUCCUCUUCGGCGCCUCUCAAAUCACUCGCGGCGAUGACUGCGUCUUAUUUGAGUUUCCCCCCACUGAACAACAAUCUCAAUCUCAACAACAAUCUCAACAACAAGGCGGUGGAGAAAAAGAAAAAGAAGAGGAGGAACGAUGGGGAAAUGAAGUGCAGCGACUCUGCACGGCGAUGGUGCGGGAAGUGACGGGCCGCACAAGUCUUCGCCUCGCCGGUGAGGAACACGAGACGGACUUCACUUCACUGAAGGCGCACACUAUUCCAUUUGGAAAAUUUAUGGCGGAUGUGGCGGAUCUUGACACGAUGCCCGACUCUUUGGAUUCCCCGUCUUCUCUGUUGAAUCUCCAACACAUGCUGGAGGUUUUAUAUAAAGAUGUGGUCUCUGAUAUGAAGGAAGGGGCUUUACUGGUAACGCACUUUCCAAAGGCGAUGUGUCCAACUGGGGUGAGAUUGGAUGUUUUGAUGGGAAAAUCUAUUUGUAUGCGGGUUUUCUCUAGUACGGAAGAGGAAUUGAUGCCGGAAAGAGUGGAAUUGGGAAUUGAAAAUGCAUCCUUUCUGGCAGGAUCAUUAUCUACCACACAAGGAUUUUCACAUGAAGGACCAUUAAUAAAAGUUUGGAUUGAUCUUCGUGUUUUGGCAAAUGCGAUAUCUUCCUAUUCUACAGCUCCUAUUGAAAGUGAAUUACCUUCGCAAUGGCGUUAUAAAUCCUUUACUUUACCAGAGGCAACAGAAGUACUUAAGAUUGUACAUAAGGCACUUCAUUCCUACUGGAAUCGUAAUCCACAUAAUGAGCGAACAAAGGUAAAUGCUAUUUCACUUCUCUCUAUUGUCUCUGGUGAUUUACGAGAGUAUAUUAAGAGUCAAAUAUUAAUGGAGAGUUCAGAUUGGCAAGGACCAUGGCGUAUGAAUUUGGAUCAUCUUGAAAAAUCACUUUCUCUUAUAAAGGAAUGGAAUACGAUGGUUCGUCUUUUAUUAAAAGAAGAGUGGAAAAACUGGGAUGGGGGUAAAUUUCAUGAUGAAAUACUUGAAAGGUUUGCUGCAAGAUUAAGAGAUGUGAUUCGUAUUCGACAAUUAUUAGAAAGUGCCUCAAAGAUUAUGCAAGUAAAACUACAGGAUUCCAUCACACCAGAAGUUCUCUUUGAAGGCCAAAGUCUUACAGAUAAUAAAAUUACCUCUGAAGAACAGUGGGCAGAGUGUAUGGCAAAGUUUGAGAAGGAGUUUUCUUUUCUAGAAGAUAAUUUACGUGGUCGAGUGAAACAAUUAUUUAGUCUUCAACAACAACAACAACAACAACAGGGAAUGGAAAGUUCCAUUCGUUUAUUACAACAACAUCAAGCCUUACUUCGUCGUGAUGGGAUUCGAAAUGGAAUACAAAAAGAUUUAGUCGCUAUUGCAGAUUUUCUUAUUCAACAAUUAGAACAAAUACGAGGAAGGUAUGAAAAUAAUAGACGACGGACAACAAAUGAAUUACAUUUAUUACGUAUUUCAAAAAGUUGUCAAACGGAAUGUGCACUAGUUACAGAGAAUGCGUUAAAACUAUUUGGAAUGUCAGAGGAACUUGAUAAAGUUGUGGAAGCUUCCAAAAUCAUUUUACAGGAAGUUCAACAAAGUGAGCAGGAAGUCUUAACAUCAUGGAAACAAAAUAUGGAACAACAGUGUAAAAAGAUAUUAGAUGUUGCCGAUGCCUUUACAAUUGUCUCUGUAGAUAAAAAACACAUGAUGUGUACAUUACAUUCCAGUGUAAAACAAUUUAUGCAAGAAAUUCAUACCAUUCGUAGUUGGUGUGGUGAUAAUGAACAAGAAGGAAAUAAAUCAUCUUCUUCUUCUUUUUCACAGUUAAGUGAAGAGGCGGAACAAACGAUAUCUUCCUGUGAACGAUUAGUAAAAGCGGCUACACGUACAAUGCAGAUUGUUAGUAAUUAUAAUAUGGUUCAAGGACAAAUCAUGGAAUGUACACGUCCCAUGUUAGAAGGAGCCUCUACACAUGCACGUAAUCAAUUAUUUUAUACCGGUUCCAAUACUCGUUCUAUUUCCAUCAAUAAUUAUAAUGAAUUGGAAGGAUUAAAUAUGCGUUUUCAAAAUGCUGUAGAUGCUAUGAGUAAUGAUAAUCGUAGGAUUCGUCGUUUUCAUUAUGAUUUUAUUAGUCAAGUCAUCGCCUUAUAUAAUGUAGAUUUAGCUCGGCAUAUGGAUCAAUGGAGAAGUGCCGUGGAUGGAAUGCGAAGUUCCUUUGAAGACUUUCUCCAUACACAUCGUCAUGAACAUUGUGAGAAAUGGCGAGAACACUUGGAUGCUCAAAUCUAUAAAGUAUUGGAGUAUCAAUAUAGACGAGGAUUGGAAUCUCUUCAUGAGAAAAUGGAAGAGUUUAAAGUAGAAUUAGUCUUUAAACAAGGUCAAGUUCACUUUAAACCCACAUUUGAAGCUAUGCGAGAAGCCUAUUAUGUGAAAUUAAGAGAAUUUGUAGGUGUUCCUUUACGAUUUCGUGGUCUUCAGGCUAAACGAGAGUCUGGUGGACCCUAUGAAAUGUAUAAGGUAAUGCCAUUAUUUAAUAAGGAACGUAUUUUAACUGUACAUACGAAAGCAAUGGAACUUUUUGCAAAACUUAAUCGUGUACGAAAAGCAUUUCGAUCUUAUGUAUUAGUUGGGGCUUGUGGAGUGAAUGGGGCCCCGGAUGUGGAUACAUUAGUAGAAGCUAUUGCCAAAACAAUGAAACAUUACUCAGAAGGGUUUAAUGUUAUAAAGGAACAGACGAAUAAACUUCAUUCUAUUGAUGAUAGUAUGAAAAUUGAUUGUUUUAUGAUUAGUACAAUUCCCAUUAAAGCUACUAUAGAAGAACAAUUACAUCGUCUUGAAGAAUCAUUAAUUAAUGCUAUUCGAAAAUCUUUACAACGAAUGCUUGGAGAUAUUGAUUCUUUUGUAUUUAAUGCUUCUAAUGUUAUUACACGUCAACCCACUACAAUGGAUGAAGUCGGUCAAGCAAAUAAGGCAUAUUAUGAACUUCAUGAAACCAUGUCUCAGUAUGAAACGAAACUCUCUCAAUUAGAAGAAAUGAAUAAAGUUUUACGACAACAAUCGGGAACUUCUAUUGAUUUAGGAGCGACGAAAUCUCGUUGGGAACAUUUACGGGAGGCGAUGGCAUCUCAUCAUAAGAUUAUAGAUGCCUCAGUUUCAAAAAUGCGGGUUUCAUUAGAUGCGAUGAUUCAAAAACAUAUGAAAGAUGGACAACGAUUUGCAAGUAAAUGGGUAAAGCAAAAACGUCAAUUAGUUGUUGCCUUUGAAGAGAAAAAAUUAGAUCAUUUUAAAAAGGCAUUAAUGGAAUUAAAAGAUCUUUAUAGUGAAUUGGAAGAUAUUAGGAAACAAGGAAAUGAUUUAGAAUCAAAAUGUGAAUACUUUAAACUUCCUCCUCCUAAUUUUCAACAAAUAAAUGAAACUAUAAAAGAUGCGACGCAAACAGCCGCGAUGUGGGAAUUAUAUGAUGCCUUCUGGGAAAGUUUAGAAGAAUUACGUAAAGAAGAUUGGCUUACAUUUCGCUCUCAUAUAUAUAUAUUUGAUGAUUUUAUUACGGAAUGGAAAGGGAAAUUAUCCUCUGGUGAAAAAGAAACUCAAGAGAGUUCUAGUGGCCUUAUUAUUAUAAAAUAUCUUUCAAAUUUAUUAGAGGAAUGGACCACAUGUGUACCUCUUCUUCGAUUUGUACGUGGAGAAGGAAUGAUGACGGAACAUUGGAAUGAAAUGUUUCGUCUUUUAGAAAUUGAUAAAGGCAUGAAGAGUUCUGAACUGACAUUUGGUGAUAUUAUCGAUCAUUAUAAACAAAUCAUUACAAAGGAACCGGAAUUAAAAAAUCUUCACGCACGAGCACAAGGAGAAGUUCAAAUACGAGAUGCCUUACAAGAUCUUCGGGUUUGGGCAUUAGAAUCUACCUUUACUCUUAUCACUCCUACAGAUAAUACUACUACUUCCACUAAUUCUUCUUCUUCUUCUUCUGUAAAGGUGAAACUCAUCACCGAUUGGAAAGAAACCAUGACAGGAGUAAGUGAGAAUCAGGCACUUAUUCUUUCUCUUAAAGAUAGUCCAUUCUUUUCUCACUUUGCAGAUGAAAUUAAUGGAUGGGAAGUUAAACUCGCAACCUUAUAUGAAACUCUUACCUUAAUGAAUACUAUUCAACGUAAAUGGACUUAUUUAGAACCUAUUUUUGCUCGUGGAGCUUUACCGCAGGAACAGGCACGAUUUAAACGUGUUGAUAAGGAAUUUGUAUCUAUUUUACAUGAAAUAGAAGUAGAUCCUCGUGUAAUGACAAUUGGUUCUCAAUCGGAUAUAGUGGAUAGAUUAAAAACAAUUUUAGAACAAAUUGAGAGAUGUCAGAAAUCGUUAAUUGAAUAUCUUGAAACCAAACGUGAAAGUUUUCCUCGUUUUUACUUUAUUAGUGAUGAGGAUAUGUUGGAAAUUCUUGGACACAGUAAAAAUCCAUCCGUUAUUCAAACUCAUUUGAAAAAACUUUUUAUGGGUAUACAUUCUGUAUUAUUUAGUGAAGAUCAAAAGUCCAUUACACAUAUGGUUUCCGCCGAUAAGGAAACUGUAAAAUUAAAGAAUGAUAUAUCGAUAGAAGAAGAUGAUGUGGAAAAAUGGUUAAUACGCUUAGAUGCGUGUAUGCGGGAAACUCUUCAAGAUUUACUUUUUGAAUGUGUAAAAGUAAAAGAUCUUAUGUCUAUGGAAACUAUUGAGAUGUAUCCAUCGCAGAUAUUACAAGUAGCCCAACAAAUACAUUUUGCUAUUUCCAUAGAGAAUGCCAUUACUUCCAAUCAACUGCAAUCUGUAGGGGAAACCUUAAAGAAAAACCUUAAUCAAUUAACAUUAACCCCUGUAGAUGCAAAUACGGUUACUAUGUUAAAAGUAAAGGCUCUUAUUCUUGAUAUUAUUCAUCAACUUGAAAUUGUAGAACUUUUAGAAAUGAAAAAAGUAAAAACAGUAAAAUCUUGGUGGUGGCAAAAACAAUUACGUUAUUAUAUUUCAGAAAAUCAACAAUGUUUAGUUGUAAUGAUGGAUGCCAGUUUUGAGUAUACAUAUGAAUAUCAAGGAAAUGCCGCUAAACUUGUUCAUACCCCACUCACCGAUAAGUGUUAUCUCGUCUUAACAAAAGGUAUGCAACUUGGAUAUGGUGGAAAUCCCUAUGGACCUGCAGGAACGGGAAAAACAGAAUCUGUGAAAGCUCUUGGAAGUGCCAUGGGAAGACAAGUAUUGGUAUUUAACUGUGAUGAGGGAAUUGAUUUUAAAGCUAUGGGUCGUAUCUUUAUAGGUAUUGUAAAAUGUGGAGCCUGGGGAUGUUUUGAUGAAUUUAAUCGUUUAAAGAUUGAUCAACUCUCCGCUAUUUCACAAAUGAUUCAAAUUAUUCAAGAAGCCAUUAAAAAUGGAGAAAGUACAUGUCCUUUAUUAAAUCGUACAGUUCAGGUAAAUAGGAAUUCUGGUAUUUUUGUUACUCUUAACCCUGCAGGAAAAGGAUAUGGUGGACGAACAAAAUUACCAGAUAACUUAAAACAAUUAUUCCGUGAAGUGGCAAUGAGUAUUCCAGAUGCGGAACUCAUUACAUCUACCAUGUUACUAUCAGAAGGGUUUACACAUGCUAAGAGUAUAUCUAAACAAAUUGUGGAACUCUUCCGUCUCUCUGGACAAUUAAUGUCUAGACAACAACAUUAUGAUUGGGGUUUACGUUCUCUAAAAGCCGUUUUACGUUUAGCAGGUAGUUUAAUGCAAACGUGGAAAUUAAAUAAUAAAGAGAAGGAAAUAACCGUAGCACAAGAAGAAGAAAUUAUUUUACAAUCCCUUAAUACAAAUAUGCUUAGUAAACUUGCCUUUGAAGAUGUACGUGUAUUUAGAAGUUUAACCAUGGGUAUAUUUCCUCAUAUUAAAUCCAAUGAUAUCAGUUAUGGAGAACUUGAAACUGCUGUGAAGAAGGCUAUAGAAGAUCUUCAAUUAACGCUUAUUCCAGAACAAGUGGCAAAGGUUAUGCAAUUAUAUGAAGCUUUACAACAACGAAUGGGUGUGGUAUUAGUUGGUCCUAGUGGAAGUGGGAAAAGUACACUUUUUCAGAUUCUUCGCCGUUCGUUACAAUCACUGGGAGUUGAAGUUCCUUUACAUGUGAUGAAUCCUAAAGCAAUGCCGCGGCAACAGUUACUUGGAUAUAUGGAUCCCGAUACACGUGAAUGGUAUGAUGGUGUUCUUUCCGCCGCCGCAAGAGAAGUGGUGAAGUGUCCAAGAGAAUAUAGACCAUGGAUUAUCUGCGAUGGGGAUAUUGAUCCAGAAUGGAUUGAAUCCUUAAACUCUGUAUUGGAUGAUAAUAAAUUAUUAACACUUCCUAAUGGUGUUCGUAUUCAAUUUGGGAAUAAUGUUAAUUUUUUAUUUGAAACACAUAGUUUAACCUAUGCCUCACCUGCAACUGUUUCUCGUAUGGGUGUUAUUUUACUUUCAGAGAGGGAUAUUGAUCUUGAAUUGGCAUCUCAUUCAUUCCUUGUGAAAGAAACACCAGAAAGACGUGAAUUUCUUCUUCCACUUAUUAAUAAAUAUAUUAUUCCUGUUUUAUUUGAGGCAUUAAAGACAGAAGCCUUUCCAGUCUCUACAACUCGAAUGGGAAUUUUAAAAUGUUCACUUAUGCAUGUUUUACCUUCUGUGAAUGAGGAGGAUUUUGUACUUUCUUUUAUGCAAGGUAUUUGUGGAAUGUUAUUACCAAAUGGAGCUCAACAAAUUGCAGCCGCUUUGUAUGAAAAAAGUAAUUUAAAUCCAAUCUCUAGUAAACGUCCAUUAGAUACGUAUUACGAUCGUAAAAAGAAACGAUUAGUUGAACAUACAGCCGAUUUACGUGAAAAUAUUACAGCUGAUACUUUAGUAGAAAGUGGUGCUCUUAUUCACACAGCGGAUAUCCAACGUCUCUUAUCUACUAUUAAACCACUCUUAUCUAAUACAAUGGGAAGACCUCUCUUUCUUCUUGGACCUGAAGGAUGUGGAAAAAGUAUUGUUCUUCAACAAUCUGUUAAAGAUUUUAAAGGUGUACGAACAACAGUUCUUCAUUGUAGUGCCCAAACCACUUCUUUACAUCUUAUUCAGAAAUUAGAACAGUUAUGUACAUUGGCAAGCACAAAUACAGGACAUGCUUAUCGUCCUAAAGAAGGUGAACGAUUAGUGGUGAUAUUAAAAAAUGUUAAUCUUCCUAAACCAGAUAAGUAUGGAACUGUAGAACUUCAUGCCUUUUUAUUACAAUUAUUUAUGUAUAAUGGAUUUUAUAAUAGUGAUCUUGAAUGGAUAGGUAUUGAAAAGAUUCAAUUUGUGGCAAGUAUGGAUCCUACAAUAUCUGCAGGAAGAUAUGAAGUAACUCCUCGACUUCUUUCUAUUGUAAGUAUUGUAUAUAUGACCUAUCCUUCAAGAUCUGGUAUUCUUCAAAUUUAUACAAGUUACUUCUCUGCAUUACUGAAAAGUCCAUCUAUUGGUCAAGAAAAUGAUUAUAAUAAAGGGGCUGGUUUAGCUCAAUAUGUUAUUUCUGUAUUUGAUAAAAUUAGACGUCGUUUUGAAGGAGAAGAACAGGCACAUUGUAUAUUUACACCUCGUAGUAUUACAAAAUGUGUAACGAAUCUUCUUAUGUAUGCAAUGGAUACUCAAACAACAACAUUACCUGCUGUUUUAGCAUAUGAAUCUAUUUGUACUUUUGCAGAUGGUUUAUCUCGUACAGAAGAUCGUAGACGAGCGGAAAAGAUUAUUUCUGAUACUCUUACUACUAUUGGUUAUUCUACUCCUUCAAAGGAAGAUUCUAAUCCUAUUAUGUUUGUUUCAUGGUUUAGUGAAGUAGAUAAGAAAGGUAUUAAACCAUUAAAAGGUGUUCCUUAUGAAACUAUUGCAGUAGAAGUAGAAAGAGCUUUAGUACGAUAUAGUCGUGAAUUUAAACAUCUUAAUAUACAUAUUAUUCAAGAAUCCUUAUCAUGGUUAACUCGAGUAGAUCGAGUCCUUUCACGUCCAUUUGGUCGUCUUAUUCUUGUUGGUCGUCCUGGUGUGGGUAAACGUAAUUCUGUUUGUUUAGCUGCUUAUAUGUUACGUAUGGAAGUAGUGACAUUAAAUAUGGUUCAAGGAUAUAAUAUUAAAAACUUUAGACAAGAAUUACGACAACUUAUGCAACGUGUUAUUACACAAAAUGAACAUUUAGUACUUUUAUUAGAUGAACAUAAUAUUGUAGAUGAGAGAUUUCUUGAAAUGAUUAAUAGUCUUGUGAGUAGUGGAGAGAUUCCUGGUUUAUUUUCACCAGAGGAAUUAGAAACUAUGUUUACCCCAUUAAGAGAAGAGGCUUCUAGUGAAGGAUAUAUUGGAAGUAUUUAUUCUUACUUUUUAUUACGUGUACGUCGAAAUCUUCGUGUGGUUCUUAGUAUGGAUGAUCAACAUGAAUUAUUUUUAGUAAGACUUCAAUCUAAUCCUGGAUUAUUAAGUAAUUGUGAUUUACUUUGGAUGGGUACAUGGAGUAAUGAAACUGCACGGGCUAUUUGUAAAAAACGUUUACAUCAUAUUAUCAAACGUAUUGAAGAAGACCCAAGUAAUAAAAAUUUUCAUCUUCAUCGGGAAUUAUUUGCUGUACAUGAGGGAUUUGGUAAAGAUGCCACACCUGGUAGAUUUCAAAUUUUAAUGGAAACCUAUGAAUCUAUAUUACGAAAGAAAAGUGAAAAUAGUGAAAUAGAUCUUAAACGUCUUCAAGCAGGUUUAACAAAAUUACAUGAAGCUGAAGAAAGUGUAGAAAAGAUUCAAAAAGAUGUGAAACAUAAAAAAGAACAGGUGGAAAUCAUGCAGCGAGAAGCCGAUAACGCAUUAACAGAAAUUCAAAAGAAAAUGGAAGAAUCCAAAGAACAACGUGAUAGUGCCACUGAAUUACAAGAACGAUUAAAGAAUGAACAUGAAGAAAUUAUUGUUAAACGACAAAAAGUAGAAGAUGAACUUAGUGGUAUUAAACCUUCAUUAGAAGCCGCCCGAGAGGCAGUGAAUUCUAUUCGUAGUGAACAAUUAAAUGAAAUUCGAUCUUUAAAAGCCCCACCAGAACCCGUAAGAGAUGUUCUGGAAGGCGUAUUAGCUUUACUUGGAGUUACGGAUGUUUCUUGGCAAUCUAUGCGAAAAUUCCUUGGCGAACGGGGGGCGAAAGAACGAAUUCUUGAUUUUGAUGCGCAGAAAGUAACACCUGCCAUUCGUGAAAAUGUUUCUCGUUUAUUAAAUCAGAAAUCCACAUCUUUUAAACCAGAAGUUAUUCAUCGGGCAUCCGUUGCGGCGGCACCUAUGGCAGCUUGGGUAAAGGCCAUGGUGGAUUACUCUACCAUUUUAGAACGUAUUGCCCCACUUAGUCAACAAUUACAACAAUUGGAAAAGAAUCAAAAAGAAGGAGAAGAACAGUUGCAUGUAUUGAAGAAAAAAUUAAAACGUAUUGAUGAGGCAGUGGAAGAAUUACGAAAAGAAUUUUCUAAGAAGUGUAAAGAGGCAGAAAGACUUAAAGAUACGCUUGAAAAGGCACAAAUGGAAUUAGAAAAGGCUUGUAAUUUAUUAGAGAAACUUAGUACGGAAAAGACACGUUGGGCUCAAGAUAUUGAGAAAAUUGAAUUAAAUAAUCGUUUACUUCCUAAACGGGCUAUUAUUUCAGCUGCUUUUAUGACUUAUAUUGCAAAAGAAACAGAAGAUAUAAGAUUACGAUAUUUUAAACAAUGGUCCAAUCGUCUUAAUUUUACUUCCGUAGAGACAGUAACAGGAUUUAUGAGAGCAGAGAGUGAUUUACUAGAGUGGAAAAGUGAAGGUCUUCCAGGGGAUGAUCUUAGUCAAGAAAAUGCUAUUGCAAUGUUGGAUGCUGUUCAAACUCCACUUAUUAUUGAUCCUGCUAAUCAAGCUAUUGAAUGGGUAAAGGUACAUUUAAAGAAUAAAAAUAUUAUUACCGAGGUUACAUCUGUACAAGAUGAACGUUUUGCACAUACAUUAGAACUUGCUGUUCGUUUUGGUAAAACCCUUCUCGUUAUGGAUGUAGAUGGUAUUGAACCUAUUUUAUACCCUAUAUUACGAAAAGAUUUACUAUCUGCAGGUGCAAAGAGAAUUGUACAAGUUGGUAAUAAACAAGUCGAUUGGCAAGAUACAUUUCGUAUUAUGCUUUUUACACGUCGUACAGAUCUUUUACUUCCACCAGGUGGUGCAGGAUUAGUAUUAGAAGUUAACUUUUCCGUUACCCGAUUUGGACUUGAAAAUCAAUUAUUAGGUGUGACUAUUCAACAUGAGCGUCCAGAACUUGAAGAACAACGUGUAGAAUUGGUGAAAAAGGAAGAAAAUCUAAAGUUAGAACUGAGUAAACUUGAAGUACGAUUAUUAAAUGAUCUUGCCAAUUCUCAUGGAGAUUUAUUAGAAAAUACAACACUUAUUAGUGCCCUGAAUGAUAUUAAAACACAAGCUUCUAAUAUUACAGAAGCUUUACAGCAAUCACGUGCCCUUCAAGUGGAAUUGGAUGAGAAACGUGAUGUUUAUCGUCCUUUUGCUAGUAAAGGAUCUAUGAUUUUCUUCCUUGUAAAGGAUAUGGAAAAGUUAAAUCGUAUGUAUCACUUUGGACUUAAUGAUUUUGUUGGUCUUUUUCUUGAAUCUUUAGAUGCUUAUAAAGAAACAACAGAUGUAAACCAAAAAAUAUCAGAAUUAACAAUAAAUUUUGCUCAAAAAUGUUUUUUCCAUGUUUGUCGUGGUUUACUAGAGUGUGAUCGACUCCUUUUUGGUAUUCAUCUUAUUCAUGGACUCUUCCCUGAGAAAUUUCCCGAACCUCUUUGGGAUCUUUUGGUAGGAGCGGCCAAAAGUAAUAAUACGAAUAAUAAUAACUCUAGUGAUGCGGGGAAUGAAGAAAAGAAAAGUGGUGAUGAAAAGAUUCCUUCGUGGGUAUCAUUACCGACAGCCCGUACAAAACUUAUUACUAUUAAUUCUGAUGAGGUUGGGUCAAAACAUAUGCAACAGUGGGAAUUACAAAAUACAGAUCGAUGGGUUAAUUGGAUGCGUGAAUCUGCCCCAGAAGAAACUUUAGUAAAGAAUGAAAGUUUUAGUAUAAUGGAUCAAUUACUUAUUAUUGAUACUUUCCGACCAGAUAGAUUAACAGAUCUUCUUCAUCAUAUUAUUAUGUACCUUUUACAUCUAGAAACACUUGUUCCUGUUACUUCAUUAGAAGAAAUACUUGGACAAGGAAAAUCUAUGAUGCCAAUUAUUCUCAUUACCUCUAGAGGAGCAGAUCCAAGUUUAGAAGUUCAAGAAAUUGCAUUUCGAUUAGUAGGAAGAAAACGUUUUGUACAAAUUGCUUUAGGUGGUGGACAAACAGAAGAUGCCAUGUUACAUCUUCGUCGUUGUGCAGCUCAAGGAGAUUGGCUCUUUUUAAAGAACUUACAUUUAGUAUUAGAUUGGGCCUCUGUACUUGAGAAGGAAUUAAGUGCAAUGCCAACUCCAAAUCCAGAUUUUCGUCUUAUUAUUACCACAGAACCACAUGAUCUCUUUCCAACGGUAUUACUUCGAAUGUCCAUGAAAGUAACGGUGGAAACUCCUCCAGGAAUAAAACAAAAUCUUCUUCAAUCAUAUACAAUAUGGGAUGAAUCAUUUAUAAAUAAUAAAACGAAAACAACAUGUCAAGUAUUGUUUGGUUUAGCAUGGUUUCAUGCUAUUUUACAAGAAAGAAGAAAUUAUGUACCUCAAGGAUGGUUAAAAUUUUAUGAAUUUUCAUCAUCAGAUUUAAAAUCAGCGGCUGAAAGUUUAAGUAUUCUCUCCUCAGAAAAGAUGGAUUGGACAACUGUACAUGGAUUAUUACAAGAAUGUAUCUAUGGUGGACGAUUAGAGAAUAAAACAGAUGAGAAAGUAUUAAUGACAUUAAUUUCUUUUGUAUUUAAUGAUGAUAUGCUUACCUCAUGUAAAAAUAAACUCUAUGGAAAUAUUUUUGUUCCAUCUACUAAUGUUCAUAAUGAAAUUGUACAAUUUAUUCGUGAUCAUUUCCCUGAUAGUGAUAAUCCUUCUAUUUUAAGUCUACCAGACAAUGCAGAACGUGUGGUAAAAGAACAUAUGGCCACUCAACUAAGAGAACAUCUUAGAUCUUUUGCUAAUAUGUCACAAAUUGGAAUAAAAACAACGACAGAAACUUGGAGAUCUUUACUUGGACCUGUAAUAGAAAUGUGGAAUGCGUAUGGAUCUUUAGUAGAAACUCAUAUCCCUGUUAUUUCUGAAGAUGAAAAAGACCUAGACCCAAUGUAUGUAUUCUUUGUAAGUGAAGUGGGUUUGUUAGUCAAUAUUAUUGAUGAAGUAGCUGAUAUUUUUACAAAUUUACGUUCUGUUAUUGAUGGUACACUUAUUCCAUCACUAACGUUAAGAGAAGAGGCAACAGAACUUAUGGGAGGUCGUGUUCCACUUAGAUGGCUUGAACUUAUGGAUGGACCACGAGAGGCAACAUUAUGGUUAUCAACAUUACGUCAUCGAUUAGUAACAAUGAUUGGAUAUUGUAAAAUAACUUUUUCCAUGUCAGCAGGACCUUUUGAUUUGUUAGACUUUUUACGACCACGAGCUUUUCUUAACGCGUUAAGAAUAUUUACAGCACGUACUGCUGGUGUACCACUUGUUGAUUUGACACUGUUGGUUUCUCCUGAUAGUAGGGUAACACAUGAUCUUCAAGUGGGUAUUACAGUUAAAGGAGGAUCUAUUCAACUGCAGGGAGCUAUAUUAAAUGAACGUGGUGAAGUGGAAAUGGCAUCUGCAAGUUCUCCAUCUUCACUAGCGUUAAAAACAGAUCUAAAAGUAGGAUGGGUAGUGGCGCAAAAUAUUAAAAACUUAGCCAGAAUUCCACUCUAUACAAAUGCGGAACGAGUUAGUCAUAUUUUGGAUUUGAAUAUUUUAUGCAAUGAAGAAGUGCAGGAGAAACUACUCUUGGGAGGGGUAGCCGCCUUUCUUAUGACUGUAUAG